CAGAGCAGAGCAGAGCUCGCACACCCUCACACACAGACAUACAGCUGCCGAGGAAAGUCUGGUGAGCUGUAGCAAAGAGCAAAACUGAGACAGAAGCUGGCGUGAAGUUGGUACCUGGAAAGCAGACCUUACUGAGCAUCCUAUCUCGGGACGUAGCUGAAGGAGUGGUAAUAACACAGACCAGUCCUUUGCAACCCCUUUCAAACUUUCACCUCUUAACUCCUGUCCAUCAGUCCCCACCCCCUCCAGCAAAACUCUCAGAUCACUGACUGAGGCAGACAGUCACCAGGGAGUCAUUAACUUGCAGACUAUCUGGCCUGUUCCCCAAGGGUCAGCAGUAGUGGCAUCUGUGCCAAUGGAAGCCCCAGCGAUGGGUGACAUGGGAGAAGUGUGCUGCCCACGAUCUUGCUCUCCAGAGGGCGAGACUGUGUGUGCAGCACUAGCCCGUUAUGAGAACACUCUAAGGGAUGCCAUCAGGGAGAUCCAUGUGGAUGUGAGUACUUUUAAACUGGGUAUGGAGCGUCGUCUGGAGGAGACGAACAACUUGAGUGGGCCCCUCGGACGAGCCGUGGUUCAUCUCCAGCAGGAGAAUCGGCAGCUCAGGAAUCAGCUGGAUUCUUUGACUCGACAGGUGGAGCUCCUCAGUGGCAUUACAUGUGACAGGAACACCUUGCUGAACAACAACCACCACACACAUGCCCAAAACCACAAGAACCAUCUAGAUGACAUUGAGGAGAAUCACCAUGAGAUAAAGGAGGUGAUCUACGGAAAAGGUGAGGCUCACACGCAGAGUCAGGCUCAUCUACACAUGCAGACCUCCACCUUGGGAAGCCAAGCCCAGACCUACAGCAGCCUCAGCAAUCAGACUAUCCCUGCAUCCCCCCCUGCCACUUUUUCAUCCUCCUCCACCUCCAGUAGUCCUCCAGCUGGCUCCAGAGUUUCCUCCAUGGUGACAAGCCCAGUGUCUGGGAGCAGCCCCUCCAUCACCCGCUUCUCCAGCCGAGCCACUUUUGCUGUGUCCAACAAGACCAAUAGCAUUGAGCGAGAGGAGCCAAUUGAAGUCGACCCAGCCCCGACACAUUCUGGACAGGAAAAUGGACACGCUGUUUCUAAAGAACAUUCAGUGCUGCUACAUGGAAAUAUCUGUCCACCCACUGACUCUCCACAUGAGCACGCUCCCAUUGUCACCAUGCGGAUGCCCCACCUCCCCAUUACUGCUACAACCAAGACAGCAGAAAUCAAAAGCUCACCCAUUGUUCCAAGUAGCCCUGCAAGUCCUCUGACCUCUCUGGCCUCCUCCGAGGCCUCACCUGGUAGCCAGCCAGCUUCUAGCACCACCCUGCCCGAGCCAAUAGAGGAGUCUCCGAUACAACCAGCACCUUCUGUAAAAUCCUGGACUCCUACACCUAUCAGAGCUUUGGGAUCUCCUUAUCUUCAGGAGAAGGCAAAUUCAGUUCCUGCUAAGUCUGUGACCUACUCAGGUCUACGGGAGUCUGACAGUGACGGCUCCUUUGAGCAGAUGGGAGAAAGGAGGCGAGAGCUGGUGAGAUCACAGACUCUGCCCCGUAACAUCGGUGCUCAAGGCCGUCGAGCUAUCUUUGAAAGACUGGAUUCUGAGGCCAGUCGUCUUAAACCAGUGGAGUCGAAGCCCAAGCUGAAGCGCUCUCAGAGUUUCGGGGUGUCCACUGCCAGCAGCAUCAAACAGAUCCUUCUCGAGUGGUGUCGCUCCAAGACCAUCGGCUACCAGAACAUCGACAUCCAGAACUUCUCAUCCAGUUGGAGUGAUGGGAUGGCUUUCUGUGCCCUGGUUCACUCCUUCUUUCCCACCGAGUUUGACUACACCUCUUUGUCACCGGCCAAUCGCAGGCACAACUUUGAGCUGGCCUUUGGAACUGCAGAAACGAAGGCAGGCUGUGACCGGCUGAUUGAGGUGGACGAUAUGAUGAUCAUGGGCCGUAAGCCAGACCCCAUGUGCGUCUUCACCUACGUGCAGUCCCUCUACAACCACCUGCGGAAGUUCGAGUGACGCUCAAAGACCUCUUUGAAAACAUCAACAUGCUAUCAGCUAAUUUGUGGUUUGCUGUCAGGCAGAGGCCUCUGCAUGUAGGGCUGGUGGACAGAGCUGGCACUUUGGAAGGACUAGGUCGCCCCCUAGUGGUGGAUGAAUAAACAAUCCUCUACUGUGCUGCAGGAGAAGCAGCCCAGAGGGGAAGUGCUCACAGCUUGGGUCACUGACAGAGUGGACAGUGUUUCAUCCAUACUGUGUAUGAACAGUCAUGAAGAUGGAUUCAUACACAGCGGUCAGCAGUUUGUGUGUAUGUGUGUGUGGUUUUUAUUUAGGUUUUUACUUUGUGUAUGAGUAUUUGUGUGUAUGGCUGAGAUAUGCUGGAGAGAGAGCAGAAAUGUUGCUGUGUUCAUUAUUGUCACACAUGCUUGUAGGUUAACCUCCAUAUUAAUUUCAACUUGCGCACCUGUGGAGAGGAGGUAUGUCUCAGAAAUGUCACAUUCCGUAAGGCUGUACGUCCGACUGUUUAGGGCAUAUAUGAUGCAAUGUUGUAGAAAAUAAAAUGAUAUUUUGAUAUGAUGGUGAGCAAUCUUUCAAUCCACAUAUGCUGGAUGACACUUAGAUGACGCUGAAAUAUGGAAAACAACAUCAAGAAAUUUCACUUCUCUGGGGAAACUGUUUUUUUCUUAAUAUCUACUUCUAUAUUAUGACACAAGUGAAACGAAUUUAAAUAAACAGUGAAAUUUA